AUGAAAGCGAUCCUACUGGUUGUACUCUUUAUACAAAUUAGUGGGAAUAUAAAAUAUUGCUUCGGUUAUCUCGUUGGAGCUGGAUUGAAUGUCCGCUUCGCUCAAAUGCUCUACACGGACACAAAGUACCAGGUACUCAGAGAAGAGAUGAUAAAAGCGAACACCAACAACCUCGUGUACCACUGCCGCGCUGACAAGAGUGACUGUGAUGCUGCCCUCGCGAAGAUGCGGUAUAAAGCCAGCAAGCACUUCUACGCUUUGUCAAAGGCUGUGGUAGAUUACGUCAAGAAUAAGAGGCAAGCGAGACCCACUGGAUAUGUUGGUACAGCAACAUUCUGCCAAGAUAACGUCUGCGUUCCGGAUACAGACCCUCCUAUAGUAUACGGCGGAUGUUUCACUCUCAUUUCCUGCGGCGGGAAUCAAACCUGGCACCUCGAUCCUGUUGUCUUCAAACGGAAGAGGGGACGAAUGUACUAA